AUGGAGUUGGAAAAGAUGAACAGAAUAGAGUUGGAAAAGACAAAUGAAAUGGAAUCGAAAAGGAUAAAUAAAUCGAUAAAGAUGAAAGAAUUGGAACUAGAAGAGAUAAGAAACCAGCAUGAGAAUGGACAAAGUCUUGGCUCUUGUUAUCAAAAUGGAAACUGCUCUGACAAAGAGAAAUUGAGCAGUAAAACAUCUGAACAGUACUUGAAGUGUAUAAAAGAAAUAGUGUUAGAUCGAAUUGAGCAUAUGAAUAUCAGCAAAAAGGAAGCUCUUCAAUGCUUACUAGUAUAUGACCUU